GUCAAUGUGAAUUUCCGAAUUUCUAUUUGGUUUUGUUGGCUGUUUUUAUUUACUUAAAAUUUUUCAGGAAAAAAUAAAUAAAAGAACAAUGGGAUCAGCUACAGAAAAACACGAUAUUUCAACAAAGGAGGAUUGGCUAAAAUUGCUUGAAGAUAAUGACGUAGGACGUAGUAACAUGAAUAAGUUGAUAAUGAACUACUUGGUCACAGAGGGUUUCAAAGAGGCUGCAGAGAAAUUUCAACAAGAAUCUGGCGUUGCUCCCUCGGUAAACCUCCACUCACUUGACGACAGGAUGAAGAUCCGAGAUGCUAUAAUGAAUGGCAGGAUUGAAGAGGCAACUACCCUUAUUAAUCAACUACACGCCGAAUUACUGGAUAACGAUCGAUAUCUGUACUUUCACUUACAGCAAUUGCACUUAAUAGAAUUAAUAAGGCUUAAUAGGGUGGAGGAGGCUUUGUCUUUUGCCCAGAGCCAUUUGAGUGAAGCUGCUGAAGGAGAUUAUGCUGUGUUGGCUGAAUUAGAACGGACUAUUGCAUUGCUUGCCUUUGAAGAUCCUUCCAGUUCUCCUUUUGGAGACUUAUUAUCCCCAUCGCAUAGACAGAAGGUGGCAAGUGAGGUGAAUGCAGCGAUAUUAAAAAUGGAACAUCAGGAAACAACUGGACCAAAAAUUUCAACUUUAUUGAAGCUGAUUUUGUGGGCCCAAGAGAAGCUAAAUAAGAAAAACGUAAAAUACCCAAAAAUGACUGAUUUGGCCAAUGCAACAAUUUCUGACCCCAAAUGAUCUUCAGCAUUGUCUGUUUACAGACGGGCAAUUUACUAUGGGAAUGAUGAGUUUAUUAUGAAUGGUCAUGAUCAUAACUAGUACUAUAGGUAUAAUAAUACUUACAUCAAUGUAGUGUACAUAUUUUUAUAGGCCUUGUAAUUAUUUAUUUUUGUUUUGUACUGUAGACAUUGUUUCUAUAUAGUAAAUAAGUCACUUUAUAAUUCUAAUAAAAUAAAGUUUUCUGUCUAAUUCUA